UUUAAAAUUGGUUCUUUACUAAAAGGUCUGUUAUGUGUAGUUGCAACAAUGUUUCAUCAAUUGAGUUAGGUGCAUUUUUAUAUAGGCCCUAGUUGACUCAUGGGUCAGUAUUAAGUGGCUUAACAAAGAUUUUAUGGACUAGACUGGACUGAAAAUGAGUGAAAAAGUAGCAAAGGCCUUCAAAGAAGAACGUCCAGAAAGCCUUGGAAACUAUUAUUCAAGACUAAUUUAAACAAUUACGAGAAAUUCUGGCUUAAAUUAUAAAGAAAUGAGCGUUGGCUCAAGAACUUUGCACAGCACUAUAUUAGCUCAUGUAGCAUGUCUCAAAAUGGUGGGAUGGGUCAAUAAAAGGCUGGACACUGGACACAGCAUACCAGCUGUCAGCUGCUUUGAAUUGUGGUUGCAGUGAGCCAGCAUAUAAUGGAGGGCCUAGGAGAAAAGGUACGCACCAAAUACAUUUAGUUUGUGUGUCAUGGAUAUGACUGGGAUUCAUGCCAAACAAUGGUAACUGUGGUGUUUGUACUCCCUUAAUCAUUUGUGAGGUAGAGGUAGAAACUUGAUCUGUCUCUCAUUGGUGAGGUUUGAGCCACAGCGGCAGAAGAGAAAUGUGAAAGUCAACGGAAAUGUGCCCUUGUUCUCGUUCUGCAUCAUCAUCCUUCGAGCGAAUAAAAUGUACGCUGGCACAUCAUUCUUUACUUGUUACACUCACUUCCUCCGUAUCAUGUCACCUAGGGUCACCAUUAGAGUUGGAGUCCACUUUGACUACCGGGACAUUAAACAGUGACUCUGGACUGUGACCAGAAAGAGGUCAUGUGCUUUAAGACCUUUGGUCAUCUUUCCAGUGAGGCAAUAGCUCCACUUGCAUGCACAUAGAAAGCUUUGGUUUCAGGAAGUGUGCUCAAGCUUGUUGUGUGUCAAGCCAUGAGUGUGUGAGCUGUGUCUUGUGAUGAGUAGUGAUGAUGAUAUAUAUGUGUUUUUAUAGUAAUACUUCCAUUUACAUCUCUGCCCUCUCAUAACACCCUCUUUAACUUGUUGUAGCAGCAGAAACCCAUUGACACAAAAACAAUAAGGUAAUAAGAAUGACUUUAAACAGUUUGUUUUGUAACUGACAUAGAUCACACAACAAUAUGUGCUGCGUUUUCUCGUUUGCUUUAGCAACAGUGACAUCCUGGCAUCCCACACCCAAAAAUGCAAAUACAAACAAAUCACAUGUUGGUAAAAUUAAAUUACUUUAUUUGUUUGCUGUAAUGUCACUGUCGCCAUUUUCCAUCCUUCCCAACAACCUCAAACUAAAGAAAACUGACAGAAAAUCAAUCACCAUCUGGUUAUAAUCAAUAAUCUCUGGAGUCUGAGUGCAGGCUGUCUCAGUGACUGUAGGGGACCAAGCAGGCAAAGCUGUGCUGUUGAAAAAGUGGGUUUCAUUUCAAUCAAAAUUAAAUAAAAGCAUUAAAAAUAAUAUUUAAUGCAAGACAUAUAAAUUUAGCAAAUAAAUAGGGCGAACUAAAUAAACACUGCUCAUAAAUUACUGCUUACAAAACCUCACUAAGAGAGCUAAAACACACGAGAGCACCAUGAACCUAGAUUAGUGGAGCAAACCAUUAUGGAUGCAAAGGGGAAAAAUCACAGGGAUAACAACUAAACUCACCACAAAGAAAAUCCAUGAACCCCACAGGUAUCACAACAAAUGGUUUGGUCCAUUAGCCUCUGUAUUUCAAACAACUCAGCCACCUGCUUUGAGUAACCAUGAAGACCUGGAGCAGUCGAAGUUUAAUGCCAGCAACAGAGAAAGAGUGAUUAGUGCAAUUUCUAUAAAACUCAGUGUUGUGUCGAAAAAUGGUUGAAUCAAAAUAAUCAGCAGGUGCUGUGAGUGAAGCCCCCUCUGAAUGUGUACAAGUUUGUGACGUACUUGUGAGUGUGAGCUGAGCCUGUGCGACCAUGCCAGGGUCUGGGAGCGGUUUAUCGGUGCAGCGCUGCCUCACCUUCACCACAGGUCUGGUGGAGUGCCUGUGUUUCGCUGGAGCCGUGUUUGGUUGGGCUUCUCUUGUGUUUGUCCUCAAGGAAGAAGGCUACUUCAGCUCUCUGUGUGUCAACGGCACAGGAGUCAAUGGAACACACGUUUUAGAUUGCGCCGGACAGGAUGAACAGUUCUCGCUUAUUUUUACCAUUGCGUCUUUUAUGAACAACUUUCUGACGCUGCCGAAUGGUUUCCUUUUUGACCGGUUUGGUACUACAGUGACUCGGCUCUACGGAAUAUUUCUUUACACCAUAGGUACAGUGAUGGUGGCCUUUUCUACUUCAGCUCUGGCCAUCCUGCUCUUCCCAGCUCUCUCCCUCCUGGCUGUGGGUGGCAUCUUAUUUCUGAUGACCAACAUGCAGGUAGGAAACCUGUUUGGCUCACGUCGCUCCACCAUCAUCACUCUUUAUAACGGGGCCUUUGAUUCUUCCUCGGCACUCUUCCUUGUCAUCAAGCUGUUGCAUGAACGUGGCAUCGCUCUUCGCUCCUCCUUCCUGUUUCUGUCCGCCUGCAGCGUCGUUCACCUGCUCAGGACUUUCUUCUUGCUGCCUCGGAAAUUGAUCCCAUACCCGCUGCCGGAUAACUACACAUACGGGAUAACCUGUGGUAAAUCGGACAAUCGUAUUGGUGAGGUGGCAGAAAACGGAGGUGCACAGAAGGUAGAGGAAGUGCCGCUCAACAAGGAUGCAUCUGCAAAGCAAGAGAAGAGUUUCCGUGACUGUUUGCUGUCCAGGUUCUUCAUGUGGCAUCUGCUUUGGCUGUCAGUGAUGCAGCUCAGGCAUUACCUGUUCAUUGGCACCCUAAACCCCAUGCUGCAGAGGCUCACAGCUGGAGAGUCCUCACUGGUGAGUCAGUACACCAAUGCCUUUGCGAUCACCCAGCUAUGUGGCGUGCUGUGUGCUCCCUGGAACGGCCUCAUUAUGGACAGACACAAGGGCAAACCACGAGCUGAAGGGGAGAGCGAGCAGGAGGUGGACCUGCGGGCGACGGUGCUUUCUCUCUUCCUGACGGCCCUGCAGUGCCUGUUGUUUUCCAUUUGUGCCUCCACCCCAUACCUGCCUCUUCAGUACCUCACCUUCGUCCUGCAGGUGCUCAACCGCUCCUUCCUCUAUGGCGGCAACGCGGCCUUCAUCAGUGUGGCUUUCCCAUCUUGCCACUUUGGGAAGCUGUAUGGUUUGGUCAUGGCUCUGUCUGCGGUGUUUUCGCUGCUGCAGUAUCCCUGCUUUGCUCUGGUUAAAGUCUUGGAUGGGGAUCCGUUAUAUGUGAACAUUGGUCUGACAUUGCUCAGCCUGCUGGCCUUCAUCCACCCCCUCUCAGUCUACCUGCACUGUCGAAGCGUUUCCUCCCAGCGGGUCAAGAAUAAAGCCAUGACGCAGUCUUCUUAAAGUCUGUACAGUAACUCAUUCUUAUAAGUUUACUACCAGUGAGAAUUACCUCUUCAACUUGUUUCAUGUGGUUAAAGUGCUAUUUCCACAUUCCUGACAGGAAGUAUUUGUUUGCUCUUCAGGCUCUGUACUGAAAUAAUGAUAGAAGCUGAUUUUUCUUAAAACUACAAAUGGUCUUUUUCUUUGAGGAUCACCAAAGUUUGCAUCUUAUAUUAGUGAGAUCUCCUCUUAAUCAAUGACUGUGCUUAUAUAAUUUAUAUGGGGCUUUACUUUCACCGCACCAAUAAUCUGCUUGUCUGCAUUUUGGUGCUAUUGCCUGUUUUUCCUUUGCAGACGUUCAUUUUAAUAAUUUCCCCAGCUACUGAUUUGCUCAAAUUAAUUGUAGUUUGGUUGUUUGUUUUUUUUCACACUCACAUGAUUCUCACUUUAUAUUAACACACACCUCCACAGCAGUGCAAAUGUAGCUAUAGACCAGCACUGAAACAGCAACCAAACCUUACACAUCAUCUGUCAAACACAGUUCUUUGAAUAUUCAUAAAAAUCAUCUCAAAUGUACUUAAAACAAAACUGCUGCUCGGCCCGUUUUAUUAAUAUUUGCAUAGUUUUGCUUUAGAUUGAAUCUACUGAAAGACAGAGCCUGAAGAACAACAAAGCAUUCAGAUACUAACUUUACUGGCUGUUCUUUUUUUCUUUUUUUACGUACCAUAAGUUGGCUGUAAAUGCAUUUCAGAUUGUAAAGUGUGCAUUCGCAAAGCUUUGUGUAUGCCCAGUGCAAAAAUGACUAUCUGUCAUAGAAAAGAUUCUGCUCUGCAGCUUUUUAACUCCCUUUUGCAAUUUCAGAGUUUAAGCAGGCUCUGAGCUGCUGUCUCUGAAGCAUGUAAACAAAACCGAUGGUGCUAAUGUGUCCUUUUCUCUAAUCCUGCUUUACCGUCCGUUUCUGUAAUCAUGCUGGCUGCCCUAAUAAUAUAUGUGCAAAAACUAUGACAUGUCUUGAUUCUUGUUUUAAUGCACUUUUAUUAUUACAUUUUUUUUUUCUUCAAACAAUUGCUAGAUUGUUGGCAAGAUACUGAAGGUAUGCAUGGAUUUGCAUAAAAACUAAAUGAAGUUACAAAGUUUUCUAUGAAGUUACUAUAAAAGUAAGGAUUCCAUGAAAUUGGGGGAGAUUAUAAUUUUGCAAGUGCACAUCAGAUUGAAACAAGGUGAAAUAUAAUUUUUAUUUUCCUGAGCGAAUAUGAAAGUAACUUGGGUCCAGAUGAAGUCUUGGAUCCAGGGCUCUGUUCACACAUUGUAUGGAGGGAAUUCCAGCCUUGGCAGAGAAAUGCUUUCAACAAAUACACUGCUUUUGUUUUUUGUUUUUAAAUGUAUUGUGUCAUUGCUCCAGUGUGAACAUCUUCAACUUCUCUCUCUGUGUUGUGUUUUAUGUGUUUUUACCUCUAAUGAGUAAAGGACCAACAGUGUGGCUAUAGUGAGAACAUAAGGGACAUUUGGGAACAAAAGCAAUAAUUUUAAGCUCGUUCUUGGCUUUGAGCUAUUUAUUUAAGGAAUGUCUUGACAGUACGUCAAUAACUUGGUUGAUGAGGGAAGUGGAGAGUAUAAAAACUUCUUUGCCAUCUGCUUGCUUCAGUGCACAUGGUACAAACUGCACUGACAUCAUGACAAUAAUCAACAGUAAGGGAUGCUUGUUUGCGUCCAGGAUGUGAAUUUUCAGGUGUUCAGUGUGGAGGAGCGUGGUUUCCUUUUUAUUUUUUUAAAUGUGUUGUACCUGGUAAUGUUGACAUGUGAAGGAUGUUAAAGGGAAUGUCUCCUAUAGUGUUUGUUUCAGACUCUAAGUAUUUUUCUGAAGUGCCAGGUGUUAAGAGGUAGUAAUAAUAUUGAAAUUUGCAUGUAAACAGUACUGUGCAAAAGUGUUUACCCAUCGCUCGUUUCUUUAUAUUUUGCAAGCUCUUCUUUCAAUAUCAGCUGCCUUUUGCUCCUUUCUCUGUCAAGAUGAUCCCACACUGCCUCAUAGUGAGGUUCAGGCUCUGGGAAGGUCAGUGACUGACAGUGCUCAACUGUGCCUUUUUUGUUUUUUCACUUUAUCAGGUAUGCUUUUACUGCACUGCCAGUGUGCUUGGAAUCUUUGUUUGGCUGAAAAACGAAGCUGUUAACAAGAUGUUUUCCAGAUGUAUCGCACGUAGGAAUAAAAUAGAUUUACAUUUUUCUAUGGUCAAAAUUUCACAAAUCACGACAACACUUCACCAUGCCGAGAUGUGCCAAGUUUUUACAUAGUAAUGCUAGGGUUUCCUUGUUGGUGCAAAUUAUUAUUAUUUUUUUUUAUAAAUAUACCUUAUCAAACCAUUAUCUUGGGCAUUUUAUUUGUAGGUUAGACUGCUCAAAGCCACCUUUAAAAUAAAUAAAUCUGAGCUCUUGGAAGCAAAAUCUAAAGAAACUGCUCCAGACUUUGCACUGUCUUAACCUACAAACUUCUUUUUCAGCAACAAAGUCUUUUGAUAUUAUCUAUAGUAUAGUAAAGGGAAUUCAUAUUAGCCUUGAAUGCAGUUUCAGUUUUUAACUGUGGUGAAACUGUUAUAUUCUCAUGUGCAGGUGCCAAAGAGAUAGAAAGUGCAAUUAUGAUGUAAAGAAACCUGAGACAUGUCCAGUAUAUGUAUAUUUUACAUGCACAUAUCCAAUACUAUAUUUCAAUAAAUGUGACAAUUAGUGGCUUUUUGUCCUUUUUGAUUUAUUGAAUGUUUUGUCUGUUGCUUGAAUACUUGACCAAAUGAUGUAUUAUUGCAAUAUGUUUCUAAAGGGGGGUGUGUGUGUGUGUGUGUGUGUGUGUGUGUGUGUGUGUGAGAGAGAGAGAGAGAGACAUAAUUAUACAUUAUUUAGGAUUUAAAGCAACAAAUAAACCACUAGAUAUAUUAAAUGAAUAAUUGAAGACCAUCACUGAAGAUAAUUGGCACCUGCUCAGCCAGGUUUGGUUUAUUUAUGGUGAUGAAGACUGGGGCAUUGUGUGACCUUAGUCUUUUUUUUUU